AUGGACGAUUUUGAGGACAGUCUUUGGGAUACCGUUAAAAAGGAGGCAAACACGUUGUUGAAGCCAACAAAUGCGACGAACGCUACCGUCUCGAAUUCCACGCAAACAAAUACGACUUCGACAAAUGGAACGACAGCUACCAAUACCACAACUCCUGUAAACAUUACGGAGACAAAGAAGUCUUCUAAAUUCAAUUCACUAGUCGAGGCAGUCAUCAGUGGGUACGAAAACAAUAUCAACAAAACACAGAUGGAUGUCGAAAGGAAAAAGGCAAAAAUGCAAGAGAGAGCGGAUAAGGGGGGAAAGGACUUGGUUGUGAUGCGACAACAACUUGUCGACGUUCAAACACAAAUUGAAGAGAAGGUUAAAGAAGUUGAAGCCUCACAAGAGACGAUUGACAAACAGACGACAGCGCUUGGGGUCUUUAUGGAACAAAUCAAGAAGAAUGGUGCAGAGAAGGAUGUUAAGUUGCGAGAGAGACUUGAAAAAGAGCUGAGAACAACAGUGGAAAAGGCACAGAAGCAAAAGAAAAGAAGCGAGAAAGAACAACAACGACUGAUUAAAGAAUUAAGAAAAUUGUAUAGAAAAAAGAAAACCCUGCAGAGAGACAUUAAAGAGAAGGAAGUCCAAAUGUCGGGAUUGGUCCAACGUAUUGCACACAUUGAAGAAAUGACCGAACUCAAAGUUCAAGAGAUCAAGAGGGUUGUCGAAUGGAUGAAGAAGAAAUUGGAAAAGAGAGUUUUGUAUAAGAAAAGACUUUUUGAAGUGGUCCAAUCAUUGAACGCCACUAUCCCAUUGAUUGAAUCCGAGUUCACGUUACCAAAGAAAAAAGCCGAACUUCAGGAAACUGCCAAUCAACUCAAAAAGGUCAGAGUGAAUGUGUUGAGACAGAUCAAGAACCUCAGAACCAUGUUGAUGGCUCGAGUCAAUGUAUAUAAUAAGAGUAAAAUCGUUCGAAUUGCUUAUGAAGACAGAAGAGAUCGAAUUGCAGAGGAAGAAAAGAGACAUCGUGAAUUGGCAAGAAAAGUGGGACAGAGGGUUGUGGCACUGAGAGAAGAGAUUAACAAACAGAAGGAAUACUUGAAGAAACAAACUGUUGAGGUGUUGAGAGACAUUGCCGCAUCGAAACUGAGCGAGCUCAGAGGACAAUUUAACACUGCCGACACUCAACUGAGAAAAGUCCAAAGAAAACUGAAGUUUAUGAAUAAGGCACAAAUGAAAGCAAGAAAGGAGUAUGACUUGGACAUGCAAAAAAUUCAGCGGGAAUUUGUUAAAGAGAAGAUCGCAGCAUUCAAGAAGGCGAAAACAGAGGCUUUGAGAGGAAGAAGACGCUUUGAAAAGAGAAUUGAGCGUAUUGAAAAAGCGAUGACGAAUAAAAAAUACACUGUCGACCAGGUCAAGACAUUUGCAGAGAAAGCUGCCAUCUUACGAAAGAAGUUGCCAGAGAUGAACCAGAAGGUUGCGAAGGCUGUCAAUCGAUUGAAAGCUGAGUACAGCAGAAUCAGAGCCGAGAGAACUAAAAAGUAUGAACACCUCAAAAAGGUUGCUGCUGAACUUAAGACUUUGGAAGAUGAGUUGACCAGUGAAAUGGAAAUUUUGAAGGAGAAGGUCAGCCAAACCACAAACGAACUUGAGAAGUCUGGGCUUGUUGAAGACUUGAACGAUGUGAGCAGAAGACAAGCAACUGCACACGCCAAAGCGUCUGUUGCCAAACGCGCUGUUGAAAAGAUUGAAGAAAAGGUCAUUGAAGAAUUGAAGUCUGACUUGAGAGGAGAAAGAAAAAUGGUGAGAGUACUCAACAAGAGUAAAGAACGAACUUUGAAGAGAAUCAACGUGCUCAAGGAGAACAACGAAUACAACCAAAUUGUUGAUGAGCUCCAAAAGAGAGUGGAAGAGGUCAAUAAAAUGAUUGAUAUCCACAUGAAAAAUGCUGCGGAAAUUGAAGGAAGAGUCACUGAGGCACUUCGAAAGAGAGACGAGUCUCUUAAACUGGCAGUUGUUGAGGCACAAAGCAAUUUAGCGAGAGUCAGAACUAAAAAAGAAGGCAUUGCCGAUGAACUCAAUAGAAUCUUGAAAGCAUCAAAGACUGAUAGUGUUGAGCAAUUGAAGGAGAACACCAAAAGAAUGAAAGAACUGAAGAGAGACCUUCUAAUUUUGAACACUGUUGAGAAUAAAGUAAGAGAGAAGCUCGAAGCACUUAAUAAGGUAGUGUUUGUCAGAUCUAUCGAUGAAAAGACGAUGAAGGCUGCAAGAAAGUCGAGAGAAUUGAUCAGACAAAUGAAGAGAAGUUCAAGAAAAGUCCGUAUCAUGAGGGGUAAGCUUGCCGUGAACAAAAGAAUGAUUGAUAAACUCUACAAGUCUGUCCAUGAGACUGGAGAUGUUAUUUCAGAGAGAGCAGAAGAGAAGAUGGAACAACUGAAGAACGUCAGAGAGCUCAUGAAGAAUAAAUUGAAGAAGGUGUUGUACGACCACAAGAAGCUGCAGAAAGCACUGUUCAAGCACGUUGAGAGAGUUAAGAGACUUGCGAAAUACAGAAUCAGACAAUACGAGAAACAGCACGCAGUGUUGCUGAAUAAGAGAAACGAGAUGAUGAUGAACAAAGCCAAAGUAGUGAAGGAUAAAGGUACCGAGUAUUAUUACACUAAGAUUGAUUUGGUCGAUGAGAAAAUGAAUGACGUUGCGAGAGAGGAAAAAGAAUACAAGAGCAGACUCAACAAACGUGUGAACAAAAUGGUUGCUGUUGCAAAGGAGUGUGAAAAGAAGACACCAACUGGACUUGAAGGAAUCAAAAUGAAGUGUGCGAUGUGCAGAAACCUUGCCGCGUUUUUGCUCAAAAAGAUCAGAAGGGACAGACUCUCUGCAAAAGAGGUGAUGAAAAAAAUGUAUACCAAGUGUGAGUCAUCAAGCCACCCAGCACUCUGCCUUAGAACUGCUUUGAAAUUGAGCACUAAAGCUUUCCAGAAGAAGAACGUUGACGUCACCCCCAAAGAGCUUUGCUAUAAAGUCGGACGAUGCGUGUUGAACGUUUAA